ACCCUGAGCGACGCUCCACCCUCGUACUCGUACAGCGAACAGAAGUGGAACGCCUACAGCACCCCCGAGCGUCUGGCCCAGACCCGACGCCACGGGCCGUCGCCGCAGGCCCAGACCGCCGCGCGGAUGGCGAAGCUGGCGCGCGACCACAUGAUCCGCAUGAUGGUGACGGACGGCACCUGCAAGGUGCCCAAGCCCGUGGUGGUGAACGUGAAGCAGCAGUACCCGGACCCCUCCAAGGAGUACGUGCCGCACUGCACCAUCCUGCACCGCUGCACCGACUCCACGGGCUGCUGCCGCUCCUCCGAGGAGACCUGCAAGCCCAAGGCCACCGCCACGCACAAGGUCGAGCUGGCCUUCUACACGACGCGGGUGGGCUACAAGGAGUCCAUCGUGGAGAUGCUCACGUUCUACAACGAGACGGAGUGCGAGUGCCAGCGCAUCCAGGAGGACAGCCGGUUCCACCACCGCGGCAGCAGCGACCUUCGCGCCCAGAGCUCGCCGGCCAGCAGCAGCUCGGCCCUGGACUCGUACUACUCGUCCAGGAAGCAGCGCCAGGCGCGCACCCAGCUGGACAUGCCGCCGUCCUACAUCCAGCUGGCGCCCUACACCAAGCCGGGGUGCCGGUGUCCGAGCACGUACAGCCCCAGGGAGAUGCCGCAGCCUAGGGGCUGCGCUUGCGACUGCUUCGACCGACAGACGGACUGCCUGCGAUUCAAGCGCGGGAAGGAGUACUUUUCCAUCGAGGACAGAUUAUGCAUCCAGACCAGCCAGUGCAAGCUGCCCGAGUGCGAGUUCGGCACCUACAUGAAGCUGAGCGGGCGCUGUCCGAAGAAGAACGAGAAGUUUAUGCGCUACAACCACAGCAACAGCCGCGACAGCCGCCGGCCCUGAGCCCUGAGCGCCCCGUACCUGUGGCGUACCUGUGGCGUACCUGAGGCGUUCCCGAGGGGCGCUCCCUCGGCCCGCGGCCGCGCGAGCGUACCGCGGGCGUACCGCGGGCGUACCUGUACCUUACCGCCGCCGCCCUCCAGUCCGGGACGGCCCGCCGGAUGCUACUUAAUGACUUGGCUGUGAUAGACGGGGAGGGAACUCGCAGGGACACCCCGAGGGACACCCCGUCCUGAGGGUGCCGCUUACAUUUCUCAUAGUUCGGACGCGUCCGAACGGGACGAGAGCCGCACAGCCUGCGUCGUCUGCCCCGCUGUGUCCGAAACUUGUGUCGUCACACUAGCGUCAAACAAUUGAGUAAAAGUAUGGAACUGAUGGUGCUGACCAAGGUGAGCGUGUGUGUAGGAGAAAUAGAAGUUCUCAUAGGAUCAGAGACCGAUGACGAAUGGAAUGCGUCUUGAAGGCGUUCAGGUGAAUCGGCAAAGGGCUGAUGAACUUAGUUCUGUGCUGCGCUACACGUGCCUCAUCUACGACUGAGUACAGUUAUUUCGUGUUCGGACAGUAUUGACAAAUUAGAGUAAACGAUGAAGUGUAAAUGCCUGAUUGACUAUAUUGUAUGUUAUUUUUUCAAUAACGACUCCUCGUUUAAUUCCUAGUGUAUUUAUAUUUUGUUUGUGUUUUUUUUCUUUUAAAUUAAAUGAAAUGUAAUAUAGAGACCGUAGUUUAUCUAAAUGUUAUGGUUACCGUUUUAUACUUAUUUACUAAGGAAAGGAGCACAACAUUUCCGUUUAUUGUAAUCGUAUAGGAGGGGAGGGUGGGCCAGAAUGAAUAUAUAGUCAGCAUUAUUUCUCCAAUUCAUCUUUGUUUUGCAUUUGUAUUAGUUUCCCUUUUCGCAAUUCUGCAGUUGUGCUCGUGAAACCUACGAAAUGUUAAUGUGUUUGCUCGAGUGAGUGAGUGAAUGAGUGAGUGAGUGAGUGAGUGAGUGAGUGAGUGAGUGAGUGAGUGAGUGAGCGAACGAGAGAAUAAAUGUCGAAUUUAUUUAACCAUUUGUGGAAUCUAAAUUAUAAGACCAUUCAAAAAUCAUAUGUAGCUAGCCUCCGCAAGUCCUUUUGACUUGCCCUUCCUCGGUAGAGGAUUAUUCUUUCUUACAUUACAUUUAGGAAAGAUACGGAUGACCUUCAUGGUUGCGAUGGCCGUCCCUAUCUGAGGCCUGAGAUGUAUUUCGGAUGCGGAAGACACCCUUUUCCUUGGGUGUAACUUUUGUACAUUUGAUUAUCCUACAAAAAUAGUCUACCCAAUACAUGAGUAAAAAUACAGCAGCUUGAUAUAAUAACGUAGAACCAGCAGUAAUGAAAGCGUAGCCAUUAGAGUAAGCGACGUAAUGUUGAAAUGGGAGAUGCGCAGCAGUAUGCGCCUUGAUUUAAAGGGCUUCAAUCGACAUGACGUCCGAACGAAACUUAAACUAAAAUUGUAAUCAUGACGUCAUUGUAUCGACUUCCGGUACCGGUGGACUGGCGUUUAUCGGUUCACUCUUCAUUGUGACGACAGAGCAGGAUUCACUGCUUCUAAAAACAUGAUAUUGUUCCUUUGCGAUACGUUACAGGCAAAAUAAAUUCCAAGGAUACUUUUUGUAUUGUUUCUUGUUUUUCUAGAAACCUGCCAGGUUUGCGUCGAUUCCUAUACGUAACUAUCACUAGCAGCUUGCGGUUCUAGUCACAUCGACUUUAAACGUUUAAGAGAACAAGCCUGUGCUUAAUCUAAUAUUCCUGCUAGUCACUCUGUGCACUUUAAAACAUUAAAAUGUUUUUCGUGACGCAAUUAAAUUGCCACUUAUCAAAUCAGAGAAAAGUCCCAUGUAGAGUUGUGUUUGGUUCACUCGUGUUCUCAAAUAACCAUCUUCUGUUUGCGUCGUAUAUUUGACGGGUCGCAGUAAAUGUGCCCUUUAAGUGGACUUUUUUAAAGAAGCCACCUCAAUAUCUGUAAGUUUACGUGAAAUAAACUUGCUUCUACCAUCUA